AUGGCCGCACCCCGCGCCGCUGACGUCAGCCCGCCCCUGGGUGACGUCAGGCUGUACAACAUCUUCAAAACGUACGCCACGUUUGUCUCGGAGCUUGCCGACUUUGCUCUGGAGCAGGGCGCGUUCCUCCGGUGCAUCGCGGCGGAGCGUUUGCUCGAUUCCGGGGGCCUCGCGUUCGACGAGGCCGUUUUGCUGUUCAACUUACAUGCGGUUGGGCGGGAUUCGCCGUGCGUGACGUUCAAGCGCUUUGUGCGGGUGCUGCAGCUCGUCCGGGCCAGGCACCCCCCCGGCGGAAAACCGGCCCUUCCGGACCUCGCAAGGAGAACUGGUGGCCUAACCAACGCCGCAACUCUUCCCGCCCGCCCCUCGACCGCACACCCCAUCCGGCGAACCCCCGACCCGGCAAAGAGCACCCCGUCGACGACGUCAGCGAACCCGCCGCUGACGUCAGCGAAGUCGUUGAGCGCACUCGACGGGCGGCCCGCCACCGCGCCGAGCUUCCCCCUCUCCGGCAGCGUCACCGCGCGGAAUCUUCAAGCGGAGAGUGUCUUCGAAUCGGUGCCAAACGGAUGGAAUGCAAUCAGGGAGGCACGGCAAAGGAAAAGGGUCGGGGGCCCUUGGGUGUGUCGCCCCGAGGACAUGCCCGUGCUGUUACCAAGGGAGCUGCCGAUCCCGGAGGAGGCCCCCAGAGGGGUGCCGACGCUGCUGGAAAGGUGUGGGCGGCAGUGCGCCGAGGGGAGGUAUGGGGAAGCGCGAAAGAGCCUGCGGAAAGCAAAGCAACGAUGGGCGGACCAUAUCAGUGAACUAGAGGCUUCGGCAACCGAGGGCCAAGCCCAAAGAAUCAACGAAAACGACUCAGACUCAGACGAGCCGAGGUCAAAGCGAUCGGGAAGCAAAACGGAUGGUGCUAAGAGCAAUCAUCAGCAGAAGAAAAGUGAGUCAGAUUCUUCGGAUUACGCCGCUUCGAAGGUCACAAAAGGCUUCGAUUCCGACGACGAAGCGAGCGCGUCUGAGGACACGCGCGCGCUCGAAGCGGCGGCGGAGCGGGCCGCGCGCGCGCGCGAGGAGAGCCUCGAUGCGUCGACGUGCGUGUCCACGUGGGCGUGCCACGUGGCGCUCUGCGAGGGCGACCUUAUUGCCGCGGAGGCGGCGCUUCUGCUCGCCGUGGAGAGCGAGGAGGAAAGAACUAGAGCGAGGGCGGAAUCCGUCGCAAGGACAGCGACGGGAUCGGCGGAAGCAGGCCGGGACGUCAGGGUGACGGUCGUGGGGUUUGAAUCGUCGUCGGAAACGAUCAAUGCUGCGGAGAUUAUUCUACUAGUAACUCAAAACGAGAUCACUCCAGCUCUCCAGAGCGGGAGUCCUGUCGAUCCGCAGACUGGACCCCCAGUUCAGCCCCAAACCGGAGAGGUUACGUCUGACCCGGUGGAUUCAACCGAAGCAAACGGGGCUCCGGUUAGUGUAAACCAAGCACUUUCGGAGAAGGUCCCCGAGGAGAAAGCGGCGAAAGAUCAGAAGCGCUUUCCACGGUCGCCGUUUCUGCUCGAUUUGAUGGGCACUUUAUCUUUCCACAAGAUGGAGUAUCGAGACGCGCGCGAGUGUUUCGUUCACUCCGCGCGGGGCGACUGCGAGGCUCUCUUAACGAGUCUCGGCUGCGGGGGGGGUCCGGAACCGGUCGCUUCUGAGUGGAAUCAGGCCCCCCCCGCGAAGCCGAAAAGCGCUCUGGGGAAGUGUACGUCGAAAAAGGCGCUCGGAAAGUCGCCGAGCAAGAAAGCGGUGAAGAAGGAGAAGAAACUAGAGCGAGGGCCCGGGGCUUACUCGUUCCGGGCGUUUGGAAUCGCCAGCCCUAGAAACGAGCCGUCCGAAAUGGGGGGUUCCGUGGGCGCGGAAACGGUAGCCCCCCGGAGGGCGGCUUCUAGCCAAAUGCGGGAGAACCCGAGUGGCAAUGAUGACGUCGGGGGGGUGGCUAAGGAGGUCUCUGUGCUGAACAACGUGGGCGCGUGUUACCAUGUGCUAAGAGACAGGAAAAAGGCCCUCGCCUGCUACGAGAAAGCGCUCGCGCUGCUCGCGGACUCGGACGACGCGCCCGGCCGCGCCGUCGUCCAGCGCAACCGCGCACGUGCCGGCCACGUGUCCAGCAGCCGCAAGCCGGCGUGGUUCCACGUGGCGUCCAGCCUGGAGAGCCCGCCCCCGACGCCGCAGUCAGCGGGCCAACCCGACUAUGGGCUCGACUCAGUGCGGGCGGCAGCGGCAGGGGCUCUCGGCAAGGGAAUCGUGAAAACGCUCGGCCUGCGGGGAGCUUUGCGGGAUCAGCUUGGGGCUGACACAAAAGCGGGCAAGGGCUUCGACUGGACGAAAAUACCUCCCGACGAAAAGGACAAGAAAACGAGAGGCGCCAAAGGUGCGAAAGGAGCAAAGAAGAGCAAAAAGUAA